AUGGCUAUCGUUGACGUCUCGCCGUUUCAGAAGUGCAUUGGUCCCGCGUCGCACCAUCAAACGCACGCAAAGGUGAACACACCUAAAACAACAACGCGUCUAAAAAAUACGACGAGUCAAGAAGAGAAGGACGACGACGACACGGCUAUAAAUAAAACGUUGUUCCGGCAGUCGCUUCCGCUUUCGCUCCAACCGCGACAUAAUCCGCGCAAUACGCUCUUCCGCGAGUUUUACGAUGCCGGUGAAAUUCCCAUCGCGGUAGCCCACGGAGGUGGUUCGAACGCAGUCACGUGGAGAGUCGAUCCUGCAAGUCUCGAUUAUCACAGGUACCUUCCGUUAUUUUUCGAUGGCAUUCGCGAAAUCGACCAUCCGUAUAGAUUGCUUUCAGUGCAAGGCGCGAAACAACUGUUAGCUGUUCGACCGGAAAAAGUUGCGGACGUUUUGCCGCAAGUCAUUCUUCCGCUGCAAAACGCGCUCAAAACACGAGACGCGCCCAUCGUGGCGGUUGCGAUGGACAUUUUGCGUCACUUGGCCACGUGCGAAAAAUCCAUCGGACAGAUGCUCGUUCCGUAUUAUCGACAACUUCUUCCGAUUUUAAACGUCUUUCGGAAUUGCGACUGCUUAAAAGUUACGUUAAACGUCUUGAGCGACGGUUCGAAGCGCGAUGGAAAAGAGUUGAUCGGAAAAGGGCGUUCGGCGAAAUCACUGCGCGUUCUCGUGAAAGAGACGUUACGCGUAUUAGAGAGAGUCGGCGGCGAAGACGCGUUGAUUAACAUCAAAUACAUGGUCCCGACGUAUGAGUCGUGUGUCGCUAUCGCGGAGCGCUGA